UUGGACUGAAUAUUCUUUAAGUAGUGCGCUACGACUCGGCAUGCUGAAGAUUUGUUCUUUUCAAGAAGUGAACUCAAAUAAAUCAAGUGGUUUUUAAUAACUUGUGAAAAACAUAUUGGCGAUAUUGGAACUAGGAUCUGGAGUAGCCUUAGUAAUCAUCUGUAUUCCUAGUUACGUUUGGGAGAAAUAGACGUAAUAAUAGGCAUUAAUCAGAACCCCGCGCAACCAUUGAUAUCCGCAUUCAGGAAGGUUCCUUCCUUAGAUAAUUCACAAAUGUCAGAUUCAGAUUCAUCAUUGGACGCACAAGAAAUCUUGGCCUGUCCUGGGUUGUAUGAAGAGAUUAAUCACGAAAAGAAACAUGUAUAUAAUAAGUCAGCUCUAAUGAAUACUCUCAAUAAUAUUAGAAAAAAUCUUCCAUGGAUUGAACGAUUAGAUGUAACAUGUAAAGCUGCACCAGCUCAAAAAGAAUUAGAUGUGAACGAUUUACAACCAAUUGAUGCGGAUGAUGAUUUUAAACGUGAAAAUUUUUUGUAA